AUGUAUACAUUAAGCCAACCAUUCAAUUAUGAAAAUGAUUAUAAAUUCUCAAUAAACACCGACCCAAUUUCAUUUUGGGAUCAAGUAGCCACUAAAUAUGUUUAUUGGGAUAAAAUGUAUGAUAAAGUUUAUAGUGGUAAUGAAAUUUAUCCAGAUUGGUUUAAAGGUGGUGAAUUAAAUACAUGUUAUAAUUUAUUAGAUAGACAAGUUCAGAAUCCAUUAAAAAAAGAUCAAGUUGCAUUAAUUUAUGAAUGUCCAUAUUUAAAGAAAACUGUAAAAUUAACUUAUUAUCAAUUAUAUGAAAAAGUAUGUGAAUUUUCAAGAGUACUUUUGAAUUUAAAUGUUUCAAAAAAUGAUAAUGUUUUAAUUUAUAUGGCAAAUACAGUUGAAGCACCAAUUGCAAUGUUAUCAUGUGCUCGUAUUGGUGCAACUCAUUGUGCUUUAUUCGAUGGUUAUUCAGUUAAAAGUUUAAUAGAUAGAAUUGAAACAAUUACACCAAAAUUAAUAAUUACAACAAAUUUGGGAGUUGGACUUGAUGAAAUUGUUGAUAUUACUACAAAUUUAAAAGAAGCAAUUGAAUUAUCAACUUUUAAGCCUGACAAUGUAAUAACACUUUAUAGAAAUGAUAUUGUUUAUAAUAAUAAUAAUUUCCAAACAAUAAUACCAAAUUCAUUAAAUUGGGAAGAAGAAAUUAAAAAAAUUAAAAUUAAUAAUCAAUCACCAUUUUAUGAUUAUGUACCAGUAGAAUCAAGUCAUCCAAUCUAUUUAAUUUAUACAAGUGGUACAACUGGUAAUUCUAAACCAGUUGUAAGAAGUAAUGGUAGUAAUUUGGUUGGACUUUUAUAUCAUUGGAAUUGUUUAAGUUCAAAGGUUAAUAAUGAUGAAAAUGUAGUUUUAUUUUCUGCAACUAGUGUUGGAUGGGUGUCAUUCCAUAUGUUCUUUUAUGCAUCAUUAUCAAAAGGAAAUACAUUUGUAAUGUUUGAAGGUGGUUUCUUAAAACAAAAUAAUGUUGAAGAUGACAUUUGGGCAACCAUUGAAAAACAUAAUGUAAACAUUUAUUUAGCAUUACCAAUUGUAAUGAGAUAUCUUAAGAAAAUGGAUCCCAAUGCUGAAAGAUUACAUUCAAAAUAUGAUAUAUCACGUUUAAAGCAAGUUUGGAUUGGUGCUGAAGUUAUUGAAAAAUCAAUUCAAGAUUAUAUUGAAAAUAAAUUAAAUGCUGAAUCAAUUGGUUUAUAUGGUCAAACUGAAAGUGGAAUGAUGUAUAUUUAUGAAUAUUCAAGUAUAAAUAAAACAUAUGAUACAGUAGGUAUACCAUCACCAUUUAUUAAACCAUCAAUAUUAUCUGAAGAUGGUAAAGAGUUGGGUGUUAAUGAAAUUGGUGAAUUCUCUCUCAAAUUACCAUUACCACCUGGAUUUGCGACUACAUUUUAUAAAAAUGAUGAACAAUAUAAAAAAUUAUUUUCAAAAUUUCCAGGUUAUUAUAAUUCUGGUGAUUUAGGUUAUAAAGAUGAAAAUGGAUAUUAUGGUAUUGUUUCAAGAGCUGAUGAUCAAAUUAAAAUUAGUGGUAAUAAAGUUCAACUAAAUACAAUUGAAUCAUCAAUUUUGAAACAUCCAAAUGUUAUUGAAUGUUGUUCAAUUGGUAUUAAUGAUUAUGAUUGUUAUAAAGCACCAAUUGGUAUAUUGGUUUUAAAAAAACAAGAUUCAAUUUUAGAUUUCAAUCAAUUAAAAAAUGAAAUUAAUAAUAUUAUUAAUGAUGAUAUUGAAAGUUAUGCUGAACUAAAACAAAUUAUCAUUGUAAAUCAAUUACCAAAAACUAAAAGUGGUAAAAUUCAAAGACAUAUACUUUCUAAUUAUUUAAAUAACAAUAAUUUUAAAUUACCAGAUAAUAUUGAAAAUCUUCAAUUAUUUUAUAACAUAAAAGAUUCUUUUAUUAAAAACUCAAAUAAAAAUAUUUAA